GCUCAACUGAACACAUCGGCCAUUGAGGAGAAGUUGAACACAGCGGAGCUAAAGGCGGCUAGUCCGAAACAAGACAAUCUCCAAAUAUUAAAACACCACCACCCGCCGGAUCAGCGCGACUUCAUGCCCUGUCACAGCGGGGACGUUUGAGUGUGUCGGCGGGUGUGCUGCGCCAGGUGUCGGGCCACAGACUGUGGGAAAAUGCCAUCUUUUUCAUGGAGGGUUUGGCCUGUACUUGUGUUGCUCCUCUUGCCUUCCAACGUGGCUGCCGAGGAGUCGUCACUACUGGAAGGCUGGCACGAUGUCUGGCUCUUCCGCUUCCUCGUCAACAUGCUGGGUUACUCCACCAUCAUCAUCCCUGGCUACUUCCUCAUUAGCUACUUCAAGCGUACUAAUUACUUAGAAACAGGCAGUGGGAUUUGCUUCCCCGUCAUAAAGACGUGCGUGUUUGGCAGCGAGGCCAAAGCAGGUCUGUUGGAUGACGUAUCGGUAGCACCCAGGAACGAGGCUGAUUCAGGCUCAUCUGUCAAGCAGGUUGUCAAAUUAAUCUUUUGUGCUGCGGGACUUCAGGCAUCGUACCUGACAUGGGGAGUCCUCCAGGAGAGGGUGAUGACACGUUCUUACGGAGCCACGACUCCAGAAGAUGAGGGUGAGAAAUUCAAGGACUCUCAGUUCUUGGUCUUCAUGAACCGUAUCCUGGCUCUGACCGUGUCGGGCCUUUGGUGCAUCCUGUUCAAGCAGCCUCGCCACGGAGCACCCAUGUACAAGUACUCCUUCGCCUCGCUCUCCAACAUCAUGAGCAGCUGGUGCCAGUACGAGGCCCUCAAGUACAUCAGCUUCCCCACUCAAGUCCUGGCCAAGGCCUCGAAGGUCAUCCCCGUCAUGCUUAUGGGUAAGAUCGUCUCCCACAAGAGCUACGAAUACUGGGAGUACUUUACCGCCGUGCUUAUCUCAGUGGGUGUGAGCAUGUUCCUGCUCUCCAGCACGCCCAGUAAGCACCCGUCCACCGUCACCACCUUCAGCGGGAUCGUCAUCCUCAUCGGCUACAUCGUCUUCGACAGUUUCACCUCCAACUGGCAGGACAACCUGUUUAAGUACAAGAUGUCAUCAGUGCAGAUGAUGUUCGGGGUCAACCUGUUCUCCUGCCUCUUCACUGUCGGCUCUCUACUCGAGCAGGGCGCCUUCUUCGACUCUCUGGCCUUCAUGACGCGCCACUCCGAGUUUGCCUUCCAUGCCGUGUUGCUGUCCGUGUGCUCAGCUUGCGGCCAGCUCUUUAUCUUCUACACCAUCAACCAGUUUGGUGCUGCGGUUUUCACCAUCAUUAUGACCCUGCGACAGGCCAUAGCCAUUCUCCUCUCUUGUUUCCUUUACGGUCAUGCCGUCACCAUAGUAGGUGGAUUUGGCGUUGCGGUAGUUUUCUUGGCACUUUUCUUACGGGUGUAUGCACGUAGUCGCAUGAAGGCAGGCCGGCGGUCAGCGCAGCCGCUCGCACAGAAGGUGUAGCACUCUGAAGUUGCGCCAAACUGGGAACUGAGACCACGUUUUCUGUGGUGCUUUUCUGUCUAUUUGUGUGUAUCUUUUAUUCUUUUCUUUUUCUUUUUUUUUACUGUUCUUUACCUUUGGUUCUUAUUUUUCUUAGUAAUGGUACAGAAAGGGAUUCUGCAGUUUUGACUCUUACACUAAGAUGCCCCCAAGGGGUCCACGUGAUUUGUCAUGUCAGCAGUCACAGAAGUUUUGAGUGCCUGUAAGAUUGUCUUAGACACGAGUCCCAAACCUUGAACUCCUCAAACUGCCUCUUCACCUCUUUCCAAGUUAAAGGGAUAGUUCAGAUUUUUUGAGGUGGGGUCAUAUGUGGCACUUAUCUAUAGACAAUAUAUUGCAAACGGUAGAUGUCGGUGCACACACCCUCAGUUUGGAGAAGCAGGCUGGAGACCGACACGAAAGCUAAGCAAUGUUCUGGUGCAGAUGGAGUCAGCGUCAGAGUGUAUUUUUGUCCUUGCUGCAGCGGCCGCAGGUACGAUUCCACCUUCUGCCUUUUGCUGCAUGUCAUCCCUCCCUCUCUCCCUUUCACACUUCAGCGGUCCUGUCUAAUUAAGGCCAAAAAAACCCCAAAGUAGUCUUUAGAAAAUUCCUAUCAGUGUAAGUGUUUGCUAUAUUUAGAAUAUUUUCACUGCUUUAUCUUAAUGUCAGACAGUGAUUUCCAACUGGAAAAUGAAGCUCUUAUAUUGCUGUCCUCACAGCCAGACUGCACGGAGAAAAACAGUGAUGUAACAUAAAAACAGGAGCUGCUGGUCUACCACUGCCUCCAGUAGCUAGUUAGCGUUGUUGUGUGACUUUGGCAUGUAAAAAGGUACAGGCCUUUGUACACUGACGCUCGUUUGUUUUGUCUGAAGUUGUCGCCUGUCUAGAAACGCGACCUCACUCUGUGUCAGUCACAUACGGGCACCGAUUCCAAAACUUGUCUGGCAUUGAAGUUUUCUGAUCAGGUUCAUUUAUUGCAUCCGUCAAAGGCCUUCAUAGAGUUCUUUGACCAAGGAUCAGUCAAGAAAAUGUAGUGGCGGGACAUAUCCGUGACAAGACAGAGGAAUGAGUUGCAAGAAAUCAUUUCAUAAGUCGGAUGGCUCGCUUUUAACAUGUCAGAUGGUAAUUUUCAGGUGGAUGAUGAUGACGAUGAAGAUGAGGAUGUGCACCGCACACAGACAGAGAGACUGUGCAGCCAGAGAGGGAGAACAGCUCAGCCCAUUUAUGCAGCUGCAGUGCCAGAUGUAAAUCACAGGUAGAGAGUUGUGACAGCCAGAAAGAUAACUCCAGUGGAUAAAAGCAAGAGAGGAAAUGUUACUUUUUCACUUAAUCUGUGUAGUUUUCUUUCAGAUGACAAUUUUUUUUAAAGCAUCUGAAAAAAAACAAACUGUAGGACUUUAGUAAAUUUAAACUUAAGGCCUUUGCAAACAAAUACUGUUUUUCUUAGCGGAGCCCGGUGACUUUGAUAAGAGAACUGAUAGGAAAAUGAAGCUUCCCCGUCUGAAGGGCUGUCAGACGUUAAGCUAAUGCCGUGGAAAUACUCUCGAUAUAGCAUACACUUAAACUGAUAUUGAAUUUUUUAGGUUGGACCUUUUGAUGUGAUUGAAAUAUGUUAAAUAUGUUAUCCAUAUGAAUAUGGAUAAGCACCUCAUAAAACCCCACUUUGAAAAAUCCACACUAUCCCUUUAAACAGUAAAAUGUUUUUCUUACACCACCGUACUGUGACCCUGAAAAAUGUAUGAGCUGUAUGGUUGAGCAUUAAUUUUCAAGCGGUAAUGACAUUGCCCCUUACCUAACUUUAUCCGAAAUAUUUAAACAAGACGGUCACCUUCUGUAACGACACUUUAUAUCCGUUGAGUUAUCUUUCAGUCACAAUAGCUAAAUGCUUAUCUCACAGUCCUCCAUGUUGGAGAGCAGGGGCCUUUAUGUGUCUUAAUGUGGGAUUUUAUCUCGUAAAGCUGUAGACAUAGCCUGAAAACACGGCGCACACAUUUCUCUUUAAUUUAAGGUACAGCAUAUUAAUGCGUUUCAGAGGCUACCAUCUGUAAUAGAGGGUGGUAAAAAAAAAAAUAGUUUGCGUAACUAAGAGCGCACUCCUUAACAAUUGUAUCAUUUUACCCCAACAUCAGAGAACUCGUCGCUGCUGCGGGAACUUUUUGCACGGCAUUAUUUUAAGAUACUUUUUUUUGUUGUUGUCUCAACACAGAUUUUACUUAAUGUUUUAACUUCAGGCUAAAAAGUCUUGUAAAUAUAUCUUAGUCAUUGUUUAUUUCCAACUUGUCUGUUGUGUACUUUUGUAAAAAAGGACUGCUUCAUGUGUUUUCACCAUUACAUGUGAAUGUUUGGAAGAAUCAUGAAUGGAUGAUGAUGAUGACGAUGAUGAUGAUGAUGAUGAUGAUCAUUGCCGUCAUAAGGAUGUGAAGAUACUGUCGGCCCAGGGGAGAGUUGCAGAACAGAAUACAUACAAGGGAAAUGCAAUUUUACUGGUACCUUGUUUUUAUCAUUCUACUAUUUCCUCUGGUAACUGGAUUAAUAAUAAAAACAUUAAAUUAACUUAACA